AUGGGAUCUGUUGUUUCUAACAUGUAUGGAGGGCUACAGUACAUGAUGAGUUGUGGGGGAGACAAUCAAACGUUCCCUGAUAAUGGCCGAUCGUCUCUCGCCGCGACGCCAUUUGUUUGGAAACGUACCAGGUAUGUAUUUCACUGUCAAUCGGUUUUAUUUUGGUUUUUUCUCCUCAAACUAGUGUUUUGUAUACCUUAUGUGAUUUUUGAUCAAGUAAAUUAAAAAUUGUUUUGAGAUUUUUCGGAAGAAAUUCCGUUUCAUCUGACGCAAGAAAAGCCGAACUGGUAAUGUUGCAGCUGAGGCCGAUUAAGUCUUCGUACUUUAAAAAAAAAAAAUGGUACAGGUUUAAUUUUCAUCACUGGAAAAUAGUUUGCGUUUUCUUCCUUUGUAUAGAAAAGAAAAAACUAAUUUAAGAGGUAAUCAUGUUUAAUUAGUAGAUGAAUUAAGGGACGAGAACACCAAAACACGACGUAAGCUUUUGGUUCUUCUUGUGCGUCAUACGGUUCCUAUCGACAUUUUAUUUGCAUUAAACAAGAGAUCGACACACACUUGUCGUGUCCUCUCUUCAUCCUUAGUCGGUUUUAUUUUCGAAAAUCAUUCCUGUACCUACGUAAAGCGGCGAAACAGCUGAAAGCAGGCAAUUAUAGUACAAUUUUGGUUAGCCGCAAAUCUCGCGAAAUAUUUUAUUUGUGAUAAGUUGAAUAAUCAUGAUCCAUGGCUAAUCCAGAGAAUCGCGUAUUUUUUCUUUCACACAGCUCCAUGUACUUUGAUGAAGAUGGUGAUCUAGCCCAUGAAUUUUAUGAAGAAGUUAAACCAAACAAGAAAGGGAAGAAGUAUUCCAUGAAGAAAGUAACUCGGCGACUAUUACCUCAAGGACUAGUUGAUUUACCGUAUCCAAGAUUAAAUGUGGAUUUUCCAGUUGUUAUGUGCGAGGCAUAUUAG